CGUUUUCCUUAAUUUCAAAGGCAUGGACACACACAAUAAUUUUACAUAUCAUCUAUAUGCUGCUUUGCAACGCUCAGGUAUUUUCACCUUUAGAGAUAAUGAAAGGCUUGAGAGUGGAAAAUCUAUUUCACCAGAGCUCUUGAAAGCAAUAGAAGAAUCGAGAAUUUCUAUUGUUAUACUCUCAAAAAACUAUGCAUCUUCGACAUGGUGCUUAGAUGAACUUGCAAAGAUUAUUCAACGUAUGAAAGUGAUGGGAAUGAUAGUUUUACCUAUAUUUUAUAAUGUGGAUCCAUCUGAUGUACACAAACAGAUUGGAACUUUUGCACAAGCCUUUGCUGAGCAUGAAGAACGUUUGAAGGACAACAUGGAAAAGGUGCAAACUUGGAGGGCUACUUUGAGUGAAGUGGCCAAUCUCUCUGGAUGGCAUUCACAAGAUAGGCCUGAGGCAGAAGUUAUUGAAGACGUUGUAAAAGUGAUACUAAAUAAACUAAGUUAUACACUUUUCAUAGAUACCAAAGAACAAGUAGGAAUGACUUCCAGAGUUGAGAAAAUAAUGUUACAUUUAGCUAUAGAGUCAAAUGGUGUUCGCCUUAUAGGAAUUAAGGGGAUAGGAGGAAUGGGUAAAACAGCUCUAGCAAGAAUUGUUUACAAAAUGAUUUCCAAUCAAUUUGAAGCAUGUAGUUUUAUUUCUAAUGUUAGGGAAGUUUAUGAAAAAUAUGGCAUACUUCAGUUAAAACAAACACUUUUGAAUGAUCUUUUGAUUCUUAGAGACAUAAAAGUAAAAGAUGUUAAUGAUGGAGUUUUCAUGAUCAAGAAUAGGUUACGUCACGAAAAGAUUCUUCUUGUUCUUGAUGAUGAAAAUGAAUUAGACCAGUUGAAUAAAUUAGUUGCAAAGCAUGAUUGGUUAGGACGAGGUAAUAAAGUUAUCAUAACAACAAGAGAUGUGCAUUUGCUACUAUUAUAUAAAGUAGAUUGA